GCUUUUGAGCCAAGUUUAAAAUCUUUUAAUGUCUACGGAAUUAUGCGACUCUGGUAUAUUCAGCAAUGAGGAUUGUGCUUUACUAUCUCAAUUAGAUAGCUUGGAGUUCGGUGUUUUUAAAGUUGACGCUCCCGAGUCACACGAACGUCGCAAACUAUUGGAAAAGGCCGUCGAUUACUUUGAUAGUAUAAUCUCUCAGACUGUUCUGGAGAUCGAGGAAGAGCGUGCUGUGGAGGAAAGCGAAACUCUUACCAAAGUCGAGGCGGGUAUCAUAGAGGAAAAUCCGAACUCAGUACGAUACAAAAUAUAUGAGAAAUACUCAGGACAGCUCGAUAAACUUAUUGAACCACAAGUUUAUCUACAUCUUGGUCAUUUUCAGCUUCUGCUCAAUCGUUUUGACGAUGCUCUGUCUGCGUAUCUUAAGUUUGAAUCACUUUGUCCCAAGGAAUCUUCUAUUAACUGUCCCUUCCUGUAUGGCUUAGGCCUGUGCUGUUUUCGCUUCAACGUAUUCAACAGGACUAUCAGACUUUUUCAGCAAAUUUUAUAUUUACAACCGUGGUUUCCAAAGUGUAAAGAAAUACAUAUUCGUCUUGGCUAUAUAUACAAGGUACAAAAUAACUUCGAACGAAGUUUGAGACAUUUUCGACAAGCUUUGAACGACUCAACACCUGCCACAUUUAAUCGGAUUGAAUUACGGUUUCAUAUCGCUCAUCUGUUCGAGGUGUGUGGCAAACCUAAACAGGCAAAGACCGAAUACUUCCAAUUAUUGGAUGUUGAGAAAAGCAGUGCUCCUUCACACAUCCGCCAUCUUUGUCUUCGACAAUUAGCUUGGCUUCACCACACAGGAGCUUUUGGAUCAAAACCUGAAUCGCCAAACGAAAAAGGCCUAGAUGUUCAGUGGCUUCAAAGUGCUUUGGAGUUAGAUAACACCAAUGGCAAAACCUGGUACUUACUAGGCCGUUGUCAAGCUGCUUUAAAUCAUGUUCAAGAGGCUUUCGCAGCAUAUAGAAGUUCUAUAGAUAAAACGGAGGCUAGUGCUGAUACCUGGUGCUCUAUCGGUGUGCUCUAUCAAGAGCAAAGUCAACCGAUGGAUGCUCUUCAAGCAUACUUUUGUGCUGUACAAUUGGACAAAUGUCAUGUUGCAGCUUGGGCCAAUCUGGGUACUUUAUAUGAAAGCAUGCAACAGUAUAAAGAAGCCUUAAAAUGUUACAAAAAUGCUGUAAACGCUGAUAAGCAUAAUGAGGUUCGUCCAGAGAUUCGUUCUCGUUUAGCUGUACUACAACAGUUAGUUCCAAAACUAUCAGAUAAAAUAACAGGAAGCACAUUUAAUGGUCCGAACAACAAUAGUGUAACAUCUAACCAGGUCGGCAAUGGUCCUGGUCCUGGUUGUGGUGGAAUAACGAAACUACCCACAGUAGAUGAGGCAUGGAGCCUGCCUAUACCUGCUGAACUAACCCAGCGUCAACUUCAGUUAAUGUUACAAGAGGCAGCUGCCAGUGAUGCUGGGAGUGGUUCGUCUAAGCGUUCUGAUAGGCACUUAGCUGGUCUUUUGUUAAUCCCAACUCCCCAGUCAGUCCUUAGAAAACGUAGUAGUUGGCGCCAGUCUGGUUUCAAUGGUCCAUGUGAAACUGAAGGAACUGAUGAGUGUGGAGGGUCCAAAAGAUCACGUCAUAGUGAUCCAUCCUCUUCAACACCUGUCCAACCAUUAAGCAAUCAGCAACUUCAACUGUUACAUUCCCUGCAAGCUCAGGGUAGUUGCCUAACUGCCUCACAACGUCAAACUCUUAAUAAUUUACAAAACCAGUCAUUGAGAUAUCAUCAUUACAAACUGAUACAAAAUCAGAAACAAUUGAAAACAUGUAAAUCGGGCAGUGCUUUUGCCGAUGAAGCAGUUUCAACUUCUGAUUCGGCUGGACCAUUUCACGGGGAUACUACUGCUACGACAGGUAGUUCUAGUACUGGUCGUAAUCCAUCCAGUGUACCUGGUGAAGAUACAGUAGAUUUGUUUCCCGCUGAGGAUGAUGAUUUAACCGCUGUUGUUGAUAGUCCUGGAUCGGGUAAUUUACCUGAAGAAGAUUUAGGGUUCUUGACGGAUGACCUACUUGCUCAGUUAAAUGGAUCUGAAGCAGCUACUGGAUUGGAUCUUGUUGAGUUAGCUCUGUUUACUACGGGCUCUAGUGCUGGUGAUCAGCGGCCUACAAGUAAUAAUGAUAAUAACCAGGUUUUAAUAAAUGAAAAGUCUUGUCAAUCGAAAUGUGGUGAUUCUUCUACAUCUGGUCCGUCUUCUUCAACUCCAACUAAUCCACCAAAGACAAUUAAUUUAAACGCAGCCAAAAAGGAUGAAAUUGACAUGAAAAAUUGCUUAACUCAAGAACUUGGUAUUGACCCCCUUAUCAAUUCUUCAGAUAAUCCAUCUUCAGAUCCUGUAGAUUUGCAUGCUUACUUAACCAAACCACUAAACCCACCGACUAGUAUCACUGCAGCUCUGCAUGUCAAUAUGUCUUCUUCGCAAAUCUUGUCUUCGCUUCGUGGUCUUGGCCAUUCAGGUGGACCUUGGUGGCCUGGCUUACUACCGGAAGGUAGUCCUAUUCCGAAACCUCCUGCAAAGCCGUAUCCACCACCUCCUAAAGAUAAGCUGCUGCCUCCCACACCAAGUGUUUAUUUGGAAAAUCGCAAUGAUGCUCAUUCACCUGAAUUAAUGCGCUACUGUUUUACACAACCAGUAGUUGUAAUACGUGGUUUGGCUGCUGCUUUGCGCCUGGAUUUAGGUUUAUUUUCUACUAAAUCAUUGGUUGAAUCCAACCCAGAACAUCGAGUUGAAGUACGAACCCAACGUCUUCAAUCGCCUGACCAGAACCUUGAUUCUCAAGGACGUACUGUAUGGCUUUGUGAAUCACCGAAAACUACCACAACAAUUGCUAAAUAUGGUGCUUAUCAAGCUGCUUCAUUUAUUGAAGCAAUGAAAGAAGAGAAAAUUGUGAAUUUUUCCGGUACUGCACCAGUUACUUCUACUCCAACUUCUAACACACUAUCCGCCAUAUCUGUAGACACCAAAUCAUCUACUGGUAGCUUAUCGAAUGCUGUAACGGGAAGUGGACGAAAAAAUUCUACUCAUUGGUCUACCGAAUCAACAAAUUCAGAAUUAAAUACAAAUCAACCUCAUCAUGUGGGAAAUAAAAUAUCUGGUGAUGAAAAUCACUCAUUAUCAAAUCAACAGAAUAAUGGACGAUUGAAAUUAAUACGUUUUGGAACAAAUUGUGAUCUUUCAGAUCAGAAAAAGUGGUUACCUCAACUCCAUGAACUUACUAAAUUGCCUAUAUUUGUUCGAGUUGUAAGCGCUUUCAGCAUGCUUAGUCAUGUAGGCUAUCCACUUUUAGGAUUGAACACUGUUCAACUUUAUUUGAAAGUCCCUGGUUCCCGUACUCCUGGUCAUCAAGAAAAUAAUAAUUUCUGUGCUGUUAAUAUUAAUAUUGGUCCAGGUGAUUGUGAAUGGUUUGCCGUACCGGAACAGUAUUGGGGAGCUAUUCAUAAUUUAUGUGAAAAGAAUAAUGUUGAUUAUCUAACUGGUUCUUGGUGGCCAGAUCUAGAAACAUUGUACAAGGAAGAGAUACCAGUUUACAGGUUCAUUCAACGACCUGGAGAUUUAGUAUGGAUCAAUGCAGGUACAGUUCAUUGGGUACAAGCUAUUGGUUGGUGUAACAAUAUAGCAUGGAAUGUUGGCUGUAUGACUGCUCGACAAUAUCAACUUGCUGUUGAACGUUAUGAAUUCAACCGUUUACGUGGGGUUAAAUCUGUUGUACCUAUGACACAUCUUAGUUGGCAGUUGGCUAAAAAUAUAAAAAUAUCAGAUCCGGGAUUGUUUGAAUUAAUCAAGCACACAUUACUUCGUAGUCUUAUUCAAUCUCAGUUGACUACUGAUUUCCUGGAGAAGAUGAAUUUAACUGUUAAACAUCACGGGAAAAGACCUGAUGAUAUUGCUCAUUCCUGUCAUGAUUGUGAGCGAAGGGAUCUCUUUUCAACGAAUUUAUUAUCAAGCUGUACAAUCGUAUAUAUAUGAAAGGGAACGAGACCAAUCAAUUCCUUUUCUCGAUGUACGUCUGAUGAGAAAGAGUAAUGGUUCUUUAAAAAGAUCCAUCUUUAGAAAACAAACAUGGAAUGGCCUGCUAACCAACUUCUAUAGCUGGGUUCCGUUAAGUAGGAAGAGAAACCUUAUCCAUUCUUUAUGCUAUCGCAUACAUCACAUAUACAGUACGGAAUGCAUUAACGAAGAACUCGCAUUCCUCAAGAAGACUUUGACGGAAAAUGGUUACCCAGAACGGUUCAUAGAAAAGAAUAUGAAUAGAAGUAGUCGCGACAAGAAUUCUAGUUGUUCCGUUCCAAAGAAAAACCUUUAUAUAAGUCUGGAAUUCAAAGGUGAUCGAACAUCAGACGUAAUCAAAAAUCGUCUAACAAAAACUAUUAGAAGAACAUUUAACGCAGCAAAACUGCGAAUAUCCUUCAUUAGUAGAAACUUAUUUUCUGUAUCCAUAAAAGAUAAGCUUCCGCGUCCGGUCGCCUCCAUGUGCAUCUACCAGUUCACCUGCUCUUGUGGAGCAAGGUACAUUGGCCGUAGCCAGCGCUCGCUUUCAACUCGGAUACGAGAAUAUAUUCCAGCGUGGUUCUAUAAGGAUGAAAGGAAAGCAGUUAGGAGUUCUAUACUUGAACACCUAAUCGACUAUAGCCAUUCUACACAUCCACAAAUUGAAUUUAAGGUUGUUUGUAUGAUUCGUUCAAAUCUACCCUGCUUUCUUCGUAUCCAACUUUUAAAAAUAGCCGAAGCUCUUACCAUCCAGGAGCUUAAACCAGAACUAUGUGUACAAAAGAAAUUGAAGUAUUCAAUAUUUUAUUUGUUUUAUCUCAAGAUAAAAAAUUGGUUGUUAGAUGUUUAGAUUGUGCACGUCGUAUGGAUUCUACUUUAAAAACAUUCAUUAUCUUAUCUGAAUAUUAUAUUCAUGAACUGGCUGAAAUUUUUGAUAAAUUUCAACUUCAAACUCAACCUAUCACAGCUUAUCCAGUGGGAAAAACUUGAUCUACUUACAUUAUUGUGAAUCGAUAUAUACAACAAAAUACAUAAUGUUAUUACUGGAUAGUUAUGGAGCAGCACAUUUUCACUUUUGUGUAUUAUACACCACCACAAUGAGAUAUACGCGUUUACACAUUUUUCAUUGUUAUUAAUUGUUGAAAUAUUGUAUUGAAAUUUCCCUAUUGUAAUUAAUUUGUAUAAUAUGAAAAAUUAGAAAUUAACCAUUGAAGUAAUCGAUUCUUUAAUGUAUUUUCAUUUUGUAUUGUAUGGUUAAUUUCUUUAAUUCUUUAAAUAUUCCUUUGUAAUUUGUAAAAUUUUACUUCUACGUCCAAAAAAACAAACAACAAAUCAAUCCACUUGUCUAACAUUAUAUUACACGUUAAAAUUUGUUUUACUGUUAGCUGUAUAAUGACUAUUUAACUAUUUCACUUUGCAUCAUUUAUUUUUAAAUAAAUCAAUUUUAAAAAAAACCCAGUUUACAGUAC